AAAAAAGAAAAAAACUUGACAACUUCACUUCAAACAUUUUCAACAAGUCAGUCAAUAAACUGAUAUUGUUUUAAUUGUUAUCGCUUCCACAACAAAAGACUCAUCUUAUCACAACAAUCAAGCUUAUUCUCAUGGUCCAUCCUGUUCUCAUGAAAAGUUACAACAUAGACUACUUAUUUAUCGUACUUAUUCUGCUGCCAGAAAUAUGGACUACGAUUAUCUUAUAAAACUGCUUUGUGUAGGGGAUUCUGGUGUUGGAAAGACGAGUUUUCUCUACAAAUACACUGAUGGGGUAUUUCAUACCCAGUUUAUAUCCACUGUUGGCAUUGACUUCAGAGAAAAGACCGUCAUUUAUCAGCAAAGUGGAAGACAACACCGCAUACAUCUACAACUUUGGGACACUGCUGGACAAGAGAGGUUCAGAAGUUUGACCACAGCUUUCUAUAGAGAUGCCAUGGGUUUCCUUUUGUUAUUUGAUUUAACAAAUGAGGCAUCUUUCCUUGAAGUUAGAAACUGGAUAGAGCAGUUAAAGACACAUAGCUUAAGCGAUGACCCUGACAUAGUGCUAUGUGGUCACAAAUGUGACCUGCAAGAGAAGAGACUAGUCAACCAGAACCGUGCGCGAGAAUUCGCUAAGAACUACAACUUGCCGUAUUUGGAGACCAGCGCUAAAACUGGCCAAAACAUCGAUCGCGCCAUCGAAAUUCUUCUAGAUAAAGUUAUGAUUCGUAUGGAGUCGUCAGUAGAGUAUGCUAUGCUGUGCGCGUCAGGAAGACGUAAGCAAUCCCUACAGAAGUUACAAGCGAAACAAGACAGAAAGCUGUGCUCCUGCUAGAAAUAACAUCUGUGAUUGUUAAUAUACAUUCCUCUUUGAGAUAUCACAGUUUAUAAAACUUUGUAACCAUGUGGAAAGAACGAUUAAACUUAAACUCCCCGCAGAGUAUAGACUUUUAGUCGGCCGAUAGUUGGGCCCGAUUUUAAUUUGUAUGAAGAAUCGGCCGAUACUAAUAUGCGCAUUUUCAUACAAAGGUCGAUACAGGGGGCGUAGUGUGAGUUUACGUCAACGCAUUCGAUGUCGACUGCGUAAAAAGUGACAUUAAAUGUAUGACGGAUUGUACAGCGCCCCUAGCGGCAACUUUAAAGAAGCCCUCUAAUUAACAGCCCAACCCAACUAUCGGUCGACAAAAAGUAUGUGGUCUGCGGCUAGCCUUACAGUGACUUGAUAAGCUCUAACAAUUUCAACCUGUGUAUAAUAUAUCUAAAUUCCAUGUGUGUCUGGAUUGCAUGCAGCUCCUCCAUUUGGCUAAGGGAGUGCAGUGUAACUAUCAUAAUAUAUUUGAUUUACUGUCUUAUUUGUUAAUAUGAGCGAUGAAGUUAUGCACUGUAAUAUUCAAGACACGUUUUAUGUAAUUUGGUAAACUGGUUACAAAAUAUGACUAUUAUAUUAUAUAUUCCAUUUUAUAUUCUUAUACAUAUACUAUAACAAACUACAUCACAAUUAUAUUAGUUAUCGUACAAUUUAUUCCUAUUUAUAUGCCUAUUUUAUAAAUAUUUAAGUAACUUUAUUAUACAUACAUAGUAUGGCGUUUUGCCUAUUUCAUAUUUUAUUAUCUAAAUAAGAACAUUUAAAAGAUCUGAAAAAAAAAAUAGAUAGGUUUGGGUGUGCUAAUUUAUUUCAGUAUACAAUUGGUAUUUCAAUAUUGCUUUCACUUGAUAAUGAAGAGGAAAUGGUCAGAACCAAAAUUUUACACACAGGGCAACACCGAUUUAUGAGACUGACUUUUAUUUACAAAAAAAAAACGAAAAUUAGUACAUUAUUAGUUUGAACUUUUGAAGAAUUUAUUCCUAUUUAUUUAUUUAUUUAAAGAACGUAAGAGUUUGAGAUUUUAUAAUAUUGAGGCUAUCACAAAGUUUAGAGAUUCAUAUUUUUAAUUUAUUUUAUCUACUUGCCAAGUAUUAAUGUAAGAAUUUAAUUUUUUAUAACUUUACCUAUUAAGAAAGAUAAAAAUAUUUUAAAUCUAAUCCAAAUUAAAUCUAAUUCAUAAUAAAAUGUAAGUUCGCCUAUGAAUAUCUAGUCAAUAGUUCAGUGAUAUUUUUCUUAGUUUUUGAAUUUAAGCACACGUGUACCGAAUAUUAUGCAAAAGUGUUUUUCAUGUUUAGAUCUCAGUAAAUUAAGUUUCAAAAAUUCUUAACCUUUUUUUCUCAAAGCGUGUCAAUAACACAAAAAUUACUUAACCAAACAUUCCAGUUCUUUCAAAUGAUAUAAUAUUAGAUUUGUAUUUUUUUUGUAAACUAAUGAUUAAUUUUCAUGUGAUUAUUAUUGGCCUAUCUAUUAUUUUUAGUAAGAUGUUUUCCAUAACUUCCAAUUGGUUUGAGAAUUGGAGUGGGUUUUCAUUCAAUAUUACAUAAAUAUGUACUUAAUUGUUUUCUUAGUAAGUAAGUCACAUUUAAUGUUUUCGCGUGGCUUUUUAUGUUGUCCACUGCGCUUACUGUUUGUUGUGUUGUUGCGAUGUUACAAAGCGUGUACGUGUGGCGUGUGUGUAACACAGUCACUUUAACUUACAGUAUUCUUAUUACUAAAAAGUUAAACGCGUGUUCAAGGAUGUCUCUUAUUUGAAGGCGGCCCAUGACUAGUUUAAAAUGUUAUAUUUUCAUACUACGUCACUUUGAAAAUGAUAUCUCCAUAUGCGUCACUGUAAAAAUAGUGGUAUACGUAAAUUAAA